GACCUCAAUGAAUCAGUGUUGAAUGAAGUUGCAUGUUUGACUCUAUUCGCCUAUUCCCGUAAUCGUAUUUUUCUGCAAAAUGGAGUUUCUUUUAGGUAUUCAGGGUCCUGAUUAUGUUCUACUUGCAUCUGACAUGAAUGCAGGAAGAAGUGUUUUCGUGUUCAAACAUGACCAAGAGAAGAUGUUUCCAUUGAGCAGUAAGCUUCUCAUGCUAUGUGCUGGGGAAUCUGGAGAUACUGUCCAAUUUGCAGAGUACAUACAGAAGAAUAUUCAGCUGUACAAGAUCAGGAAUGGUUAUGAACUGUCGCCAAAAGCAGCUGCUAACUUCACAAGGAAAAACCUUGCAGACUUCCUCCGUAGUAGGACACCAUACCAGGUGAACCUGCUGUUAGCCGGUCAUGAUGAGACGGAUGGACCUUGUCUGUUCUACAUGGACUACCUUGGUUCCCUUCAACAGGUGCCCUUUGCUGCCCAUGGCUAUGGAUCAUACUUCACGCUUAGUAUCCUCGACAGGCAUUACAGGAGAGAUAUGACACGGGAACAGGCUGUUGAAGUGCUCAAGAACUGUUUAUUAGAGGUCCAAAAGAGAUUUAUUGUCAACCUCCCAACGUUCCAAAUCCGUAUCGUUGACAAGGAUGGUAUUCACGACCUACCUAACCUCCCUUUACCAGCUACAACAGCCUAGCGUUACCAUGGCAAUUCAUUAUAUGUUGUAAAUAAUGUAUACUGUAUGUUCUUUUGUUAUUCUGUUGCUCAGGGCCUCUAAGGCUUGAGUACAGUGGUGGAUCCUGCUGGGUUUGAAACUCCUAUUUCAAGGGCUUGUAGUUUUUGUGCACAAUCAAUGAGUGCAGAAAUAUCUUUAGUCUAUGUGAGGACAUGUAGUGAAGCAAGACAGUCUUGCAGAAUUACCGAUGUAACAGAGUCUGAGGCUUUCAGUCUAGGUUUGGCAUGACAUCUAUUCAAUUGCUGUACUGUUUGUGCAAAAUGGUCGGCCCAUUUUAAAGGAUUGUGUCUAAUCUAGCUGGAUUUGCCACUGGAGUGAGCAUUAUUUUGUGAAAGAGCGGAGGCAAAUAAGGCAGUUGAAAAAAAUUAGUGUUAGGGAAAUCACAAGUCCCAUUUAAAUGCCUUCUAAAACCAAAUUAUCAUUUUACAGAUGCUAUAGGAAUGACAAUUCAGAAGUCAUUCAUCUAAGAUUGUCAUCAACUUUCAUGAUUAGUUUGAUACCAAUAUGGUUUUCCCCAGAUGUUGUCCAUCAAAUGGAGUGAUAUUGACAAAUACAGAUCAGGCAUCGUUCUUUUCAUCUCGUUUAUCCACAUGAAGUCUGAUAUUGCCCAAAUCUGGAAGUCGUAAGGAAUAUCUUUGACUAGAUUUGAUGGUAAAGCAUAUUGGCUGAGCGACUAAUAUAAUGAGGACCAUUCCAAGUUUAUUUCAAGUUUGGUGUUGAUAUUGGGACAAAACAAGUACCAGCUGUAAUACUAAACCUUAAAAAUGAAGCUGGUGUUAGAUUAUUGCAUCUACAUGUGUAGGGUGAUUUCACGUUUGAUGUUGGAAGCUUUUGUUGAUGUUAUAGAGAAAUUUGCACCAGGUGUAACACCAAACCUGAAAUGUAACUAAUACUGGAAUCAAUAUCCAGUGCUUACAUCAAAUGCUUAACUAAUGAUUAUUAGUUUGGAAAAUUACAAUAAAGUGUGAAUUCUGAAAUUGUUUUCAUCUUAUUCAUGAAGAAUAUCAUUGCACAGAGAGUGCAAUUCAAAGAAAUGAUGUUCAGAUGCCCCAAACAAUAUUUAAAACACAUACAUAUAUGAAUCUAACUUUGCUUUGGUCGGGGAUAAUUGUGUAUGAUCUAAUCAAUCUAUUUUGUAACAAUGUGUUUUAUUCUCAGUAGAAUUCGGUCACUUACUGAUCAUUGUGGAUGGUGAUUUCAAUUCUUGCAGCAGACAUUGUUCUACUGUGCAUUAUAAUAAAUACUUCCCGAACACUUUGAGACAGACUCUUCCGCAGUGCAAUUUCACAACCAGGGUCCCGUAACACAAAUGUUAGCGAUCGAUCGUGCGCUUGAUUUUCACGAUUGAUUGUACAUUGUGGUCAAUGCAAUCAGUGGUAAUAUUCUUCUACAAUGAUUGCUAAGCUUUGUGUUACGGUCCCCAAGCCCAUAAAAAACAGAUUUGCGAUCAAUUGCUGAAGUGACAAUGGCCAAACAGGAUCUUUGUUGCCUGGCGAAUUUCGUCAAAACUCUUUAAUAUCGGAAACCAAUUCUCUCAUAUUUGCUAUCCAUCGCAGACCUUUGUGUUACAGGGGGUAAAUUGCCAAUUGCUCUCCACCCAUUUUGUCUACAUUCCGGUUGGUCUCCAAUUUACCAUUUUGCAUACUGGUAAUUUACACUUUCAUAGGCUAUACCCAUUUUGUCUAAUAUCCUCUUGGUCUAAUACCACUUCAUCUAUAAUAGAUGAACUGUUUAGUAAUCAAACUUUCAUUUGAUAAAGCAUGAAAUAAGUCGUAAAUGCAGGCAAAGUGGAAAAUGGACCGCCUGGCCUGGGUAUUAGACUAAUACCUUGGUCACAUUUACUCUACAGCGGAGUCGAAAACAGCCGUUUUAACAUGUUUUGUAUCAGCUAAAUAUAGGUGGAUUGAAUAAAAA